AUGGCAAAAUCUGUUCUCAUAACGGGCUGCUCGUCAGGCAUUGGCCAUGCCCUUGCACAAGAGUUCAAAAGCAAGGGACUACGAGUCUUCGCCACGGCACGUAAAACAGAGUCGAUAUCAGAUCUUGCAGAGCAAGGAAUCGAAACGCUUGCUCUCGAAGUGAAUGAUAUUGAAAGCAUCAAUGCACUUUACGAUGAAGUAGCCUCGAGAACAAAUGGAUCUCUUGACUACCUAGUCAACAACGCAGGUCRGAAUUACACUGUACCGGCGUUAGAUGUGGAGAUUGAUGAGAUCCGCCUGACGUACGAGACGAACCUGUUCAGUAUCAUGCGUAUGUGCCAGAAGUUCGCGCCGCUAUUGAUGAAUGCCAAGGGAACGAUUGUACAAAUUGGCAGUCUUGCAGGCGUCAUCCCCUACGUAUUUGGCAGCGUCUACAACUCCUCCAAGGCGGCUCUGCACCACUACAGCAACACACUCCGAGUGGAAUUGAAGCCCUUUGAUGUACGCGUGGUGACUAUCGUGACAGGCGGUGUCAAGUCCAGCAUUGCUCGUACGCAUCGGGAACUGCCAGAUGAUUCCGUGUACCUCCCAAUCCRGAAAGAGUAUGAGGAGCGGCUCGUUCACAGUCAGACCAGCUCCAUCCCGAACGAGGAGUACGCGACUACGGUCGUCCGACACGUCUUGAACAGACCAAGCAACCACUUCUGGGCCGGUGGCAAGACUUGGCUUGUGUGGUUCGUUACCACAUUCUUCCCUCGAUGGGUGAUGGAUAGGACGAUGUCGAACAUGUUCAAGCUCUGGAAGCUGAACGGAACUCGCACCAAGAAGAUUGCUUGA